UGCCUUUCUCUUUCUUUUCUUUAUUCUUUAUUUUUGAAUCCACACAUAUAUUUAUUAUUGAAGCAAAAGCAGACUUAAAUGUCGUUGGUCUUUUCGUAAUCUAUUGGAACUAUUCAAAAAGAAUGGUAUUUGAUGUGCUAGAAUAUUACAAUCAUUCCUUGAACGAAGAAAAGGAGCCAUCUGUAGCCAUGAUUCGAUCUUUGACAGAAUUCGUACGCCAAAGUACAGCUCCUACAAUGUCUGAAUUUAUGAUCAAUAUGUCUCAAGUCAAAGAUACUUUACAACAACACUUACAGAAAUCUGUAGGUAUGCUUGCUGGACACGAUCUUUUUAUGGCUUUUUUUACUCAUUGUGCUCAAGAAUUUGGAGGAAAGGAUCAAAAACGAAACUUCCGACACUUCAAGGAUCAUGUAUUGGAUCAAACAAAACUUAUUUUAGAACGCAUUGAUCGAUCACAAUUAGAUGCAGCACAUGUGGGUGCACGAUUUAUCAAUGAUAAUAGUAUUCUUUUGAUUCCAGAACCAUGUCCAGUGAUUAUGCAAAUGUUAGAAUAUGCUGUCAAUGUACAACACAAAAGAUUCAAGGUAUUAAUAGCAGAAGGUGGAAUUGAAGGUCGAGGUCGUCAAGUAGUUGAAAAAUUACAAACAGUAGGAAUUCCUUGUCGAAUUAUCUUGGAUGCAGCAAUCGGUUAUAUGAUGGAUAAGGUAGAUAUGAUAUUUGUAGGUGCUGAAGGUGUUGUGGAAAAUGGAGGAGUUAUCAAUCAAAUAGGUACUUAUCAAAUGGCUUUGGUGGCAAAGACUCUUGGAAAACCUGUCUAUGUGGUAACAGAAAGUUACAAGUUUGUCCGCGUGUAUCCAUUGAAUCAAUAUGAUUUACCUUCUAUUACCCCUGAAAUAGUCAAGUUUACUUCAAGAAGAAAAGAUUAUAUUAUAGAAGUAGAUGAUAUAGUUAAUUCCAACCCCUCUGUAGAUUAUACUCCUCCUCAAUACUUGACAUUAUUAUUGACAGAUUUAGGUGAAUUAACUCCAAGUGGUGUUAGUGAUGAAUUGAUUAAAUUAUAUUUAUGAAAUAA